GAAACAAAGGAACAGAUUCUGGUAAUGGUAGUAAUGCAAUCGGUGCCGAAGAGAUAACUAACCAUCCCUCCCGCUUGGCGACUCCAAAAAGCGAAAAUCAUUUCCCGGAAAAUCCCCUUGCGGAUCGAAGCUGGACUCGAUGUCUAGGUUUGGGUCUUCAUUGUUCCUCCUGUUGAUUUCAAUCUUCUUGAUCACUCGUGAAGUCUCCAGCUCCUACGCUGGCUCCGCUAGUUCCAUCAUCGAUCCUUCUAAAGUCAAACAGGUUUCUUGGAAGCCAAGAGCUUUCGUUUACGAAGGUUUUCUCACAGACUUAGAAUGCGACCACUUGAUCUCUUUAGCCAAAUCAGAGUUGAAGAGAUCUGAAGUAGCGGAUAAUGACUCUGGAGAAAGCACACUAAGUGAAGUUCGAACAAGCUCAGGGAUGUUUAUUCCGAAGAGCAAGGAUCCUAUUGUUGCUGGUAUUGAGGACAAGAUUUCAUCAUGGACCUUUCUUCCAAAAGAAAAUGGGGAAGACAUACAAGUAUUGCGAUAUGAGCAUGGGCAGAAAUAUGAACCGCAUUAUGAUUACUUUGCUGAUAAAGUCAAUAUUGCUCGCGGUGGACAUAGAACUGCAACUGUUCUCAUGUAUCUCUCUGAUGUGACCGAAGGCGGUGAAACAGUGUUCCCUAAUGCAGAGGACCCUCCGCGUCACAGAAGUUCUGAAAGUAGAGAGGAUCUCUCUGAGUGUGCUAAGAAAGGAAUAGCAGUGAAACCACGUAAAGGAGAUGCUCUUCUAUUCUUUAGUCUGCACCCAAAUGCUACCCCAGACACCAGGAGUCUCCAUGCAGGAUGCCCAGUAAUUGAAGGUGAAAAAUGGUCAGCAACAAAGUGGAUUCAUGUGGACUCAUUCGAUAAGAUUGUGGGAGCUGGCGGAGAGUGCACAGAUCAGCACACGAACUGUGAGAGAUGGGCUGCCCUUGGAGAAUGUACUAAUAAUGCUGAGUAUAUGGUUGGCUCCCCAGAUCUUCCUGGCUACUGUAGGAAGAGUUGUAAGGCAUGUUAGAAUUGCAGCUGAUGAGAUCAUAAUUAUAUGCUAUAGCCUCUUGUCUGUUUCUUCAUUGAUAUUAUCAUUCUCUUUGGAUUGUACUUAUAUUCAUCAGUUAUAAUGGUUUUAGUUGGGCUUUCAGAAUGUCCUUGUUAAUGGCUACUUACGGCUUGUGUUAUGAGUAGUGAAAACUGAAAUGGCUGGUCGUGCGGCAUUUAACGUU